GCAGCGGCCGGCAGCGGUAAAGGUUCAGGUGGGCUCCUGAGCUGGAGCAGCGGCCGCCCGGCACUUCCCGGAGGGCUCCCCGGGGGAGCCGUGGCGAGCGGCACCAACUCUCCGUUCGGCUCGCCUGCCCCGGCCGUGGCCCUGUGAGGGCGGCGGGAGCCAUGGCCGGCGUGCUGCCCCGGACACUGCCCGCCUCCCUCGGGCGGGGCUGCCUGGGCCGCUGGCUGCUCGCCGCUCGCGGGUGGGCGCUCCUGGGGGCCGGCACCGGCUCCGGCUCCUGCUCCUCCUGCCUGAGGUGGCGGCGCCAGCCCCCGCUGCUGCUCGGGGCCGCCCGUCAGAGCUUCGGGACGCAGGCGGGAGGGCUGAAAGCUGCAAAACCUGGCGGUAAUAGCAAAGAUGUGUCCGUGCAAAGGGCGCUGAACGAGGAAACGCUGGUGUCGGCGGCUCAGAAAGUGAAAGAAGCUGGAAGAGACUUUACCUAUUUUAUUGUGGUGCUUGUUGGAAUUGGUGUUACAGGUGGUUUGUUCUAUGUGAUUUUUAAAGAGCUAUUCUCUUCUUCUAGUCCAAAUAAGAUCUAUGGAGAUGCCUUGGAGAAAUGCAGAUCUCACCCCGAGAUAAUUGGUGUUUUUGGUGACUCUAUCAAAGGUUAUGGAGAGGCAACAAGAAGAGGAAGACGACAGCAUGUCAGUCACAUUGAAUACGUAAAGGACGGACUGAAACAUAUGCGUUUGAAGUUCUAUAUUGAGGGCACUGAAUCAGGGAAACAGGGAACCGUCCAUGUGGAAGUCAAAGAGAAUCUUGAAACAGGAAGAUUCGAGGUUCGCUACAUAUUUGUGGAUGUUGACACCUAUCCGAGAAGAACCAUUGUCAUAGAGGACAACAGAUAGCCAAUGAUCAAAGCUGCUGCCUUAUCUCACAUUGGGAAAUGUUGUUGUAGCCAGCCUACAUAUGGAUUGUGUGGUGUUGCCAAUUGUGUCUCACAGCUUCAGGGCUGUGUUAAGGGAAAUAGCCUCUCAGGGCCUCCACAAAGGACUUUUGAUAAUAACAGAUAUGUGAUUUAAAGUGAAAUCAAUGAAAUAUAGCCAAACUAUCAUGGUAGAUAUUCUUGCCAUAGGAAAAUAAUGCCUCCUAAUAAACAGUUUAAUGGUGGAUAAUACUUCUGCACACCCAAAACCUGAAUUUUCCAAGGUUUUAGAUUUGUAUGGGGAGUUUUUUUGUCUUCCUUAGCUUGGAUUUCCCACUACCAUUGCAAUAAAGAAAGGGGUAGUUUAACUGUAGACAGAAUUCUGCUGUUUUCAUUUUGGAUACCUUUUUAGGUAAGAAGGUAAAAUUUUUAUAAAAAAGAGAUCUGGGCGUGUAAGGGUAGGAAUGGUGGAGGAACACACCUGUGACAAACAACUGAAGAUAAAGACUUCGGUAUUGGUGUCUUAUAAAUAAAUUACCAGCAAGCAGAA